GGGUCUAGCAGUGUGAUUCCAAACGCCGGUCGCGAAGGUUGCCAGUGUUGCCAGUCGAACAGGCGAAAGUCGAGCGUCGAGCGCACCGCCCCCACAGCACACACACACGCACAAUAAGAGUCGUAGUCGCGUUCGAGUGCGGAAAGUUGCCUCUGGCCUCUGGCUUUUCCUCGCAUUUGCUUUUGCCGCCAAUUGAUGGCCAGUGGCGGGUAACGAAACACGAAAAGUCGCGAGCCGAGUGUGCCGCCGCGUGCGUCGAGUGUUAUUAGGAGGAGAAAAAACAACACGCGGGUGUUGCGGUUCGAGUGCAUUACUCAUAUUCUUUUUUUUCGGUUACUUGCAAGUGAGCGUGAAUACUAUCCCCCCGCCCCCCAUAACCACCUUUACUUCACCCCCUCGCCAAAAGGCGAUUAUAUUUGGAAAUAGCGGAGAACGCAGAGCGGAGAGAUCAACAAAAGCGAGAGGUAUAGAAAGAGAAGAGCGAGAGCGAGGGAGAUAGUGCACUAAGCUUGAUAUCCUUGAUAUCUACGCAUACAUUUUUCCUUAAUGACUGGAAUUAAUUAAAGAACUAUCAAGUGUUGAAAUGCUGAGCUGUUUAAACACUCAGGUUGUCAUCGUCAGCCAAUCGUCAUGCUACUUCAAGCCAAGCACAAACAUAAAAAACUAUAAAAACAACCAAAACACGUGAAGCAUCGAACAAAAAAAGGACGAAGGAAAGUUUUGGCACCAUAGGAACUUGCUUUUCAAAGGGACCAGAUUACCAGGUUCUUGUUAAAUGGGUGGAAACGACAGGAGAAGCACGGCCAUUUGCGAGCUUAGAACCCACCACUGUCCGCCGGGACAUUAAUUAAUCACGGCCUUGUCAUUCGCAAGGAUCAAGGAGUGGCGAACAAGGAGGAGCAGGAGCACGAAGGGUGCAGAAAUCAAAUUAACAGUGCGUCAAAAGGAUUAACCCCGGAAAGCAGGGGGCAGGAGUUUAGAACACGUACACAGGACGCGGUGAGGCGAGUAAACAGGCCGGCCCAAGUCCCCAGUCCCCAGUCACCGGGAUCCAAACCCAGACGACCAGGGUCAAGGGGUUUCUCCGCAGCAGUUUGGAGAUUGGAGUUUGGAGCUUCUUACUUCGUAGUUGGUGGUUAACCAACUUGGAGCGUGUUGGCACGGAUUAACAACAAAUCCCAAUACACGACCAUGAUGAUAACCAGAACGGAGGCGAAUGGACGGCUGGGCAUCCUGCUCCUAGGGGCAGCAAUGCUUCUCCUUCUACUGCCCCUGGUAACGGCCACGUCCGACUGGAUGCAGAGCUGCGGCCCCUGCCACUGCCACUGGAACUCGGGCAAGAAGAGCGCAGACUGCAAGAACAAGGCGCUUACGAAGAUACCGCUGGACAUGAGCAACGAGAUGCAGGUGCUGGACUUUGCCCACAACCAAAUACCCGAGCUGAGGCGCGAGGAGUUCCUCCUCGCCGGCCUGCCGAAUGUGCACAAGGUGUAUCUGCGCAACUGCACCAUCCAGGAGGUGCAUCGCGAGGCCUUCAAGGGCCUGCACAUCCUCAUCGAGCUGGACAUGUCGGGCAACCGGAUACGGGAACUGCAUCCGGGCACGUUUGCCGGCCUGGAGAAGCUGCGCAACGUGAUCAUCAACAACAACGAGAUCGAGGUGCUGCCCAAUCAUCUGUUUGUCAACCUGAGCUACCUGUCGCGCAUCGAGUUCCGGAACAAUCGACUGCGGCAGGUGCAACUCCAUGUCUUUGCCGGCACGGUAGCGCUGAGCGCCAUCUCGCUGGAGCAGAAUCGACUGGCCCAUCUGCACAAGGAGACGUUCAAGGAUCUGCAAAAGCUGAUGCAUCUAUCGCUGCAGGGCAAUGCCUGGAACUGCAGCUGCGAGCUGCAGGACUUCCGGGACUUUGCCAUCCAGAAGCGUCUGUAUACGCCGCCCACCGAUUGCCAGGAGCCGCCCCAGUUGCGCGGCAAGCUGUGGAGCGAGGUGCCAUCGGAGAACUUCGCCUGCCGGCCCCGCAUCCUAGGAUCAGUUCGUUCCUUUGUAGAGGCGAAUCAUGAUAACAUCUCGCUGCCCUGCCGCAUUGUCGGCAGUCCGCGUCCGAAUGUCACCUGGGUGUACAACAAACGGCCACUGCAGCAGUACGAUCCGCGGGUGCGCGUCCUCACCUCCGUCGAGCAGCUGCCGGAACAACCCGCCCAGGUGCUGACCUCGGAGCUGCGUAUCGUGGGCGUGAGAGCCUCGGACAAGGGAGCCUACACCUGUGUGGCAGACAAUCGCGGCGGACGGGCGGAGGCCGAGUUCCAGCUGCUUGUGAGCGGUGACUAUGCCGGCGCCGUGUCCGCCUCCGAUGGUCACGGCAUGGGCGGGAUGGGGGCCAUUGGAGCGCCCACCAUUGAUCCGCAGACGAAUGUCUUCCUCAUCAUCUGCCUGAUCACCACCACUCUGCUGCUCCUGCUGAUCGUGGUGGUGCUGGCGCUCUUCUGGUACUGCCGCAGGAUCAAGACCUACCAGAAGGACACCACCAUGAUGAGCGGCGACGGGCUGAUCUCCUCCAAGCUGGACAAGACGCACAACGGCUCCAUGCUCGAGGGCUCCGUCAUCAUGGAGAUGCAGAAAAGUCUGCUCAACGAGGUGAAUCCCGUCGAGAAGCCGCCUCGGCGCACGGACAUCGAGAGUGUUGAUGGUGGCGACGAUGUCCUCGAGAUCAAGAAGACACUGCUCGACGAGACAGUCUAUGUGGCCAACCACUCACGUGACGAAGAAGCCCACUCGGUGGCUCUGUCGGACACGACGAUCCCGCCCCGAUCCCGCCACACCUACGUGGACGACGCCUACGCCAACAGCUUGCCGCCGGACCUGCUGGCCUUCCCCGCCCGCGUGCCGCCCACCUCGCCUUCGAUGCAGUCCUCGCAGUCGAACAUCCCCGACCAGGUCAUCUACGGCAUCCGAUCGCCUCCCUCGCUGACGAGUCCGGUCUACACGCAUAUGACGCCGCACGGCAUUUACGGCACCAAGACGCUGGCCGCUCCGCACAACGGCUUCAUGACGCUGCAGCAUCCCAAGUCCCGCAACCUGGCCCUAAUUGCCACUGCCAACAGCAGUCGCCAGCACCAGCAUCAGCACCUUCUGCAGCAGCAGCAGCAACAGCAGCAGCAUCAGCAGCAGCCGCAUCCUCUGGCCACCACCUCGCCCUUCCUGCCCGCCCCCGUCGUUUACUCGCCGGCUACGGGUGUGGUCAUGAAACAGGGCUACAUGACCAUUCCCCGCAAGCCGCGCGCCCCCAGCUGGGCGCCCAGCACGUCCGGUGCCGCUGGCCACGGAACCAUCCAGCUGAGCGAGUUCCAGAGCCCCACCUCGCCAAAUCCCAGCGAGACGGGUACCGCCACCACCGCCGAACUGCAGGCGGAACCAGUCUAUGACAAUUUGGGACUGCGCACCACCGCCGGCGGCAACUCCACCCUGAAUCUGACCAAGAUUGCCGGCUCUGGCUCUGCCUCCGGCUCCGGAUCCGGCUCCCAGGGCGGUCAGCAGUACUCAAUGCGGGAUCGUCCGCUACCGGCUACGCCCAGCCUGACGUCCGUGUCGUCGGCGACCAAUGCCAGCAAGAUUUACGAGCCCAUUCACGAGCUGAUCCAGCAGCAGCAGCAUUUGCAACAGCAGCAACAGCAACGGCUAAGCUCCUUGGACACGGAGCCGCUGUACGGGGUCAGGCACCAGGGGAUUACGAUAAUGCCCGGAUCGAGUAUCAGCGGAGCCGGACUGGGCCAUGCCGCGUAUAUAUCGCCCGUUCCGGCGGCGGCGGCAGCUGCCGUAUCUCCAAGCCAUGCCGGCAGCAGCAGCGGCGACUCACCGAAGGCUGCCAAGAUCCCACCGCGACCACCACCGAAGCCCAAGAAGAAGGUUAUGUCCGUGACGACGACGCGUAGUGGCCAGGGCAGCACCAGCCAGCUGUUCGACGACGAGGGCGAGGAUGGCACCGAAGUCUAGUUUGGCACACACGGCGAUCCCCAUCGGCAGCUAAUCGAGAUCGUGAUCGAGAUGAUAUGAUGAGAUGGCAUUGGUGGAGCAGGUGGCAAGCAGCAACUCCAAUGAAGAGCAGAGGAGGAAUCCGUGGUAAGCCGAAGCUGCCAACUAUAUUGCGUGAGGAGAUGCAGAUGGAGGUGGAGAUGGAGAUGGAGAUGCAGAUGAAGAUGAAGAUGCGAUACGCAGCCCCCAGUCGACAACAAAAUGUAACAUCAACAUCAACAUCCGCUGUUGCGGCUUGUAAAAAUAGCCGCCAGAAGGAUUCUGUUUCGUGGUUCACGCUACUGCGUGACUUGUGUGCCAAACGACUGAUGUAGGUUUUAGUAAUUAAAUCGAUGAACAUGCAACACAGCAAAAGAAACAAAAACGAGGAUAUAUAUAUAUAUAUAUUGUUAUCCACAACGAGGAUGCAAUUCGACAGAGAGACUCCAAUCCGUUAGGGCGUAUGAAAAUCGCUUUUAGAACCAUCUAAUCCCAAAAUUCGUAUAAGCGGAUAUACGUAAAAACCCAAUUUUAAUACCACCUUUUUUUUGUGUAGACUAUAGUUAGUUUGGUACAAAAUGCAUUAUUCGUAUAUAAAGAGACCUAUAUAUACACACACAAUUUUAAAAUUGUAUAAACCCUACGAACAACAAAAUAUCGUAUAAUGAAGAAAAAAAUAUUUAUACACAGAAAAGAAACUUUCAAAUCAACGACAGGUUAUUUAAGCGAAAAAAUUAAAAGUAAAAAGAAAAAACACUUCAUUUUUUCAAAAUCUUGCAAAUUAUAUAAAAUUGUAAAUGUAAAAUGCAUACAGUUAAUCGCAUUAAGCUAUAUCUUAAUGAAUACCAUACCACUCAGCGUAAGAAUACAAAUUAUAUCCUUAAUUUUUUUUUUGGUUUACGGAAGCCACCACGAAUUGGGAAAUAAACUACACGAAAGUAUAUUUAUAGCGGGUAAGUUUGUUAAGGGCAUUUAACGGUAGGAUAAAGAGUUUGCAUUCGCAAUUAAAACAAUGAAUUGAAACUUCUAUGUAUACAUAUAGUCUAGAGAGAAGGCGCGGCGAAAUAAGUUCGUAUAAUAACGAUUGUACUAGCUAUAACAAAUAUAUAAAAUUAAAAGUAUAUGACAUUCUAGGCACUUAAUAUACAA